CUCCGGAAACUCCAAUUCAGAAAGUGCAGUUCGCCAUGAACUGCAGCAGGGAAUUGUGGCUCGAUUCCUCAGGCUCAUCCCAGUAGGCUGGAGUGAGGAGGGACGUAUUGGUCUCCGCAUAGAAGUGUACGGCUGCUCCUACUGGGCAGAUGUUAUCAACUUUGAUGGGCAGGGAGUAAUCUCAUAUCGUUUUAAGGUGAAGAAAAUGAAGAUUAUAAAAGAUGUGAUCGCCCUGAGAUUUAAAACAUCAGAGAGCGAAGGUGUAAUUCUCCAUGGGGAGGGGCAGCAGGGUGACUACAUCACUCUGGAGCUCCGCAAAGCCAAGUUACUACUGCAGAUAAACCUGGGCAGUAACCAGUACGGCUCUAUCCUGGGUCACACUUCUGUGACCACUGGCAGCCUCCUUGACGACAAUCACUGGCACUCGGUGGUGAUCGAACGCUACCGUCGCAAUGUCAACUUCACCUUAGAUGGACACACUCAGCACUUCAGGACUAAUGGGGAAUUUGAUCAUCUGGACUUAGACUAUGAGUUAAGUUUUGGGGGGAUGCCAUACAGUGGGAAACCUGUGGGAGGGGGGAGAAAAAACUUCAAAGGCUGCAUGGAGAGCAUCAACUACAACGGAGACAACAUUACAGACCUGGCCCGCCGAAAGAAACUAGACACUUCCAGCUUUCAGCGUAAUCUGUCUUUCACCUGCAUGGAGACACACACCUUUCCAGUCUUUUUCAACGCAACAAGUUUCCUGCAGUUACCUGGUCGAGCCAACCACAACACAGUGUCCGUGGGCUUCCAGUUUCGUACGUGGAACCCUGAUGGCCUUCUGCUCUUCAGUAAUCUCGAUGAUGGCACGCUAGAAAUCUCCCUUGAAGAAGGCAAAAUUAUAGUUCAUAUCAACAUUACGACAGAAGCCAAAAAUUACCGGGUGGACUUACUAUCAGGCUCGAGCCUCAACGAUGGCCAAUGGCAUGCCGUACGCCUGGUCGCCAAAGAGAACUUUGCGAUGUUGACAGUGGAUGGUGAGGAAGUGUCUGCCGUGCGUUCCACCUCGCCUCUCAGCAUCACCACUGGAGGAACCUAUCACCUGGGAGGGUACUUUUUGCGAACACCGCUGCCACCAUCCCAGCGAUCCUUUCAGGGAUGCAUGCAGGCGAUCCUGGUAGACGACCAACCUGCUGAUUUGCAUGCAGUGGAGAAAGGCACAGUGGGAGCAUUUGAGAAUAUCAGCCUGGACAUGUGUGCAAUCAUAGACAGGUGUAUGCCUAAUCACUGCGAGCACGGAGGCAGGUGUAAACAGACAUGGGACAGUUUUAGUUGUAACUGCGACGGAACAGGAUACAGUGGAGCAACCUGCCACACAUCCGUCCACGAGCCUUCAUGUGAGGCUUACAAACACUUGGGUUGGUCGUCUGACACCUACUGGAUUGACCCUGACGGUAGCGGACCCCUCGGCCCCUUCAAAGUAAACUGCAACAUGACAGAAGACAAAGUGUGGACAACUGUUAGGAACAACCUGCCACCCAGAAUAUCAAUCACCGGCUCGAGCAGAGAGAGACGAACUGUCCUCCAAGUCAACUACAGUUCCUCUAUGGAUCAGGUGACAGCCAUCACCACCAGUGCAGAACACUGCGAGCAGCAAAUCAUCUACAGCUGUCGCAUGUCCCGACUGCUCAACACUCCAGACGGGCCCCCUUACACAUGGUGGGUUGGCCGAGGCAGCGAGAAGCAUUUUUAUUGGGGCGGAUCAGGACCUGGGAUAGAAAAGUGCGCCUGUGGCAUGGACAAAAACUGCACCGACCCCAAGUAUGACUGCAACUGUGAUGCAGAUGCCAAACAAUGGAGGGAAGAUUCGGGUCUAUUGACAUAUAAAGAGCACCUGCCAGUUAGCCAGGUUGCCGUUGGUGACACACACAGGCCGGGCUCUGAGGCCAAACUCACUGUUGGACCUCUCCGCUGCCAUGGAGAUAAUAACUACUGGAACGCAGCAUCAUUCACCACCCCGUCAUCCUACCUGCAUUUUGCCACCUUUCAGGGAGAGACCAGCGCUGACAUCUCCUUCUAUUUCAAGACGAGCGCUCCCUACGGCGUCUUUCUGGAAAACCUGGGCAACACUGAUUUUAUUCGCCUGGAGCUCAAGUCCCCCACGGUGGUCUCCUUCUCUUUCGACGUUGGCAACGGACCUGUGGAGCUGACCGUGCACUCAGCUGCACCCCUCAAUGACGACCAGUGGCACCGCGUGAUGGCCGAGCGCAACAUCAAAGAAGCAGUCCUCCAGGUGGACCAGGUGUACCGGACAUCCCGGCUAGCGCCCGCACAGGGACACACACGGCUAGAGCUGUUCAGCCAGCUCUACGUCGGUGCUGCGGGGGGCCAGCGGGGAUUUCUGGGUUGUAUCCGAGCCUUACGAAUGAAUGGCAUCACCCUCAACCUGGAAGAGAGAGCCAAAGUCACGCCAGGGGUUAUGCCUGGUUGCCAGGGUCACUGCACCAGCUUUGGGAUGUACUGCAGGAAUGGAGGGAAGUGUGUGGAGAGGUAUAACGGGUAUUUAUGUGACUGCACCACCACCGCCUUCAACGGCCCGUUCUGCACCAAAGAUGUUGGUGGCUUCUUUGAAGCAGGAACACUGGUCAAAUACAACUUCAUGCCUGAACCAGUUCCAGGGGCCAGUAAAGACACAAAAGCCUUGACGCAACAGCUGAUGCCAAACGACGUGAAUCUAACAAAGGAAGAAGUGACCCUCAGCUUUAGCACAUCCAGUUCUCCGGCAAUUCUCAUGUACGUGAGCUCCAAGACGCAGGACUACCUGGCUCUGGUGUUGAGAAACAAUGGCUCACUGCAGGUCCGGUAUAACCUCGGCGGUCUGAGGGAGCCGUUUGCAAUAGAUGUGGACCAGCGUAACCUGGCCAACGGACAACCACACAACAUCAACAUGUCCCGUCAGAACAGAAGCAUCUCCGUCCAGCUGGAUCAUUACCCGCCUGUGAACUACAAACUUCCAGAUGCCUCAGACAUUCAAUUCGACCUGGUUAAGACGCUGUUCUUAGGAAAAGUCUACGAAACUGGACCCAUAGACCCCGUCCUCAUCGAGAAAUACAACAGCCCGGGUUUCAUCGGCUGCCUGUCCCGCGUGCAGUUCAACGGAGUCGCGCCUCUCAAGUCUGCUCUGAGAAAAGCCGCAGACGCCCAGGCCGACAGCCACCCUGCGUCUGCCUCUCCUGUGUCCUACCAGGGCAAACUCGUCCAAUCUAACUGCGGGGCUUCGCCUCUCACCAUCCCACCAAUGUCGGCCGCACCAAAUCCCUGGCCUCUGGACAACACCGAUGCAGAGACUCCUCUAAAUGAAGAGCGAGUCAUUCCUGAUGGAGUUAACAGGGACUCGGCCAUCAUUGGAGGGAUCAUUGCAGUGGUGAUCUUCACCAUCCUGUGUACGCUGGUGUUCCUGAUCCGCUACAUGUUCCGUCACAAAGGCACCUACCACACCAACGAGGCCAAGGGCAGCGGGGAGUCGGCCACAGAGUCAGCUGACACGGCCAUCAUCGGCACCGACAACCCAGAAACUAUCGACGAAUCAAAGAAGGAGUGGUUCAUUUAACGGGCUGACGAUGGGACUCGGACAGAGCAGGCAAAAUGCGAGACCGUCGUUGCUCACAGAUGGAGGAAGAUUAAUCAAGUGACCGACCACUGGCGAUAAAGAGGAGUGACUGUUCACAAGGACAACAAACUCCCUGAGAAGAUGAAGGUUGUGGGGAAAUUUCUGUUCCUUUUUUUUAUAUCCAGAGUAUUAGAAAAAGAAAAGUUGGACGCUUAUCCUGAGGAGUACAGCUGUAAAAGACUAUACAUGUAUAUACUAACCAGCUUAUCCUUCUUUGUAUCGUGCUUGGGAGUUUUCAGGAGUCCUUUGAAUACUGUGUAUGACAAAUAAUUACACUUACUGGGUGGUGUAAUAGCAAAGAUUUAUUGCCAGUCCUUGUUUGGUUUUGAUUUUAUAUUUAAACAGAAACCUUAUAUAAGAAAUGGUCAAAUCAACAUGCCAAACAUUUUUUUUUCUUUUUUCUCCGUUUUUCAAGCUGUAGUCGCACCAGUCUGUCAACACUCGCAUUCGUCCAGUGGAGCACAUCCUGUAACCUGGUAACAUAAGAGUUUAUCAUGAAUGCCAAAAGUCUCUUUGUAAAUAUAUUUUGUGUCAGUUUUCCUGAAAAGAUUUAUUUAGAGUCCAAAUGCCAAUGAGAAAUGUCAUAUCUAUAUUACAGUAAUAUAUCUGUCCAUUAUAUUAUAUAUGUGUAAAAUACAGAGUUUUAUGUUUAGGUCUCUCAUGACUUUCGAUUGUACGGCACAGAGAGGGGUUUCUCAGAGCAUGAUGGCAAAUCAUGAUUUUCCCACCGUUGGUUUAGCUCAUCAUCACGGCAGCUUUCUUUGAGUUUAUGAGUGAAACCAAGAGCCUUUACUCAUUCGGACGCGAGCGGUCAGUUUGUUUCUUUGCCAAACACUUCGGUCUUAUUUUCAAAGUUUGCGGAUAUCAUUUGGCUUUGAACGUUUUCUUUGCAUUCUUUUUCAUGUUAAAUGGAACCAUUGCUAACGUGUGCAUGUACGCAGUGUGUGUAGGUCAAAUGCUGAACAAAGUGCCAGAGGAUGCAGCUUCACAGUUUUUCUUUAUGCACUUAGCUCCGAGCGUUGAAGGAGCCUGAAGCAGCAUGAAUUUAAAGUAAAAACUCAGAACACCACCAGGGACGAAGUUAGGAUGGUAAUUGGCUUACAAAUCUGCUGUGCCUUUAAGGUGUUGAGCCAUAUCGCCUUUUCUUCUGUUACUUAACUUAGACCCAUAACAAAAACUUGACUGAUGCUGCAUGAAAUCUAUUCAGGUUUUCUUUUGCUUCCUUCGUAAGAUGGUGCUCUUCAGUUUCGCACAAAAUGCAAACUCCAGUCAGUUUUUCCCAGCCCAUCAAGUAUGUCAGCGACGGUAAGAAAGUUAAGCACCCAAAUGGAGAGACGGAAAUGAAAUGAAGUAGGUUGCGAACUGAUGACUGUGUAAUAUCAAAUGGGAAAGGUGUUGGUAGUCUUAUGCUGUCAGCCCGGAUAUAAGCAGCAGUUCAGGAUGGAUCAGAGUCGCAUGGCUGGUGGCUAUUCUUGCUUGAACGCCUCCCUGAGCAAACGUCUCUUUUUGCGCUUAGAAAAAAAAUUUACAUUUCUCAGUUUGUUUUAAAGAAUCAAUUAUCAGUGUAGAAUCAAGUCAGGUCAGAUUUAAAUCUAAAUGUUUUUGUUUGGUUUGGAUGCAAAAUGUAUCACAAAAUGAAUCAAGAUUGCAUUAACCUCUUUCCAGUUUGAACUGCUCCAUAUUCUAAUUGGCAAUUUUUAACUUGAUUGGAGUGCAACCUAUAAUUAACUUUUUUUAAAUACCUCUUCUGCCCCCCAUGACACAGUGAUUCCCCUGGGCAAAGAGCCAUAUCACCCAGAUCAGAAACAGCUGCUGCAUACUGCCUUUGUAUUACGUCCUGUGGUAAAUGAGACCAGAGUUGCAGACUUGGUAUUAUUUCGGCAAUGGGCUGAAGAACUAACAUUGUGCUGUCUGAGGAGCAGUAGUGCCAUCUGGUGGCUGUUCUAAAUGUGCCAUAAAUUUGCAAACCGAAUCAAGUACAUAGUCAUCACCGGCAUACAAAUUGAUCCAUUCCAUCUGUGUGCUUAACUUUUUUUUUUUUAAUCUGCUUUAGGAAAAGCUGUGCAGAAUUAUAUAUAAGGAGCAACUGCAUGGAUGUGCUGCCUACAAACUCACAUCUAUCCUCUGAGACGCACACAAUCUGCAAAACAAAGUUGUUUCUAACUUUGCUUCUUUUGUCCUGUCAGCGUUGUUUACCUGUAACAUGUGUUUCAAUUGAAACAAGCUGCCAACCGUGUUUUUAUUUUUUAUUUCAAUUUGUCUUUAUUGUUUUAUUUUUGUUUUUCGUAUGUCAGUUUGGUUGAAGAGCUCCCACUCACGUGAAUGAUUUUAUACCGGCCCAUCGCCAUCGCCUCAGGGUUGUACGCAGAUCACUUCAUCGGAGACGUGUUGGCAGCUGAGGAGCUCGGCUCGCCUUCGUCUGAGGCCUCAAAGCAAACUUUUCAACAUCACAUCCUUCUCACGUAUCGUCUCUGUCUCAGUUUUCCUUUUUCUAAUUAUAUUACUCAGAGUCCAAAUAAACAUGCACGCACACCCUCUUCUUGUGGUUUAACCACAACGUCGAUGAUUAUCAGUGCUGACAGACUAAACCAUAAUGCAUUUGUUCAGCUUUCAGUUCUGUUGAGUACAAUAAAGAGUGUUUGAUCAAUAAAACCUUUUUUUUCCAACGCA